AUGAAUGCAGGAAGGAGGAUGAUACUGAAGCAAUCUCGGAUCCUCCGAUUGUCUACGGGUCCCAAAUUUGGUAGUUCUGCUCUUCGUUUCCCAAUCCGGAGCCAUUCCUCGUCGAUGCCAAAAGAUGAUAGUGAAUUGAAGGGAUCAGGAUCUGAAAACGGAACCACAAUAAGAGAAGGUCGUGUUCGGCUCCGACUGCCAAAAGAUGAUAGUGAAUUGAAGAGAUCCGAAUCCGCAAAUGGGAAGACAAUGAAAGAAGGUCGUGAUGAGAUUCGAGUACCGAGAGAAAAUUCUGCCGCGGUGCAUCACACAGAUGAAGAAAGCCAGCAUCAGCGAGUCUGGCUUCCGAGCUCGGCGGAUGAACCUCUCUUUUGGAAUGAAGAUGUUGUCAAACGAAACACCCAAGACCCUCACAACUUGUCUCGGUUGCUCGACCGAAUAGAAAAACAAGAGCUCGAAGGUGGCCGCUAUCGAAUGAAACAGUAUGGCGUUUUGCAUGAAGAUCCAGCAGAAGAUAUGCGGCUCCUAUCAGAAAAUUACACGAUUCCAGCUUUGGCCAGUGCACUUCGUGACCGGGAAGAUGUCCUUCAAUAUUGUGCUCAGCUUGCUGAUGAAGGUGACUUUGAAAAAUUGCAGGAUCAUUUGCACAACUUUCACCCUAGCGUGGUGCUGAACCGGAGAAACGAACGACGUGUUCUAGAUGUGAGAAAGCCUUUGAAUGCGGCGUCAUUGGAGACCAUUCGAAAGGCUCUUAUGCGCAUGCCUCGCAGAGUGACUCAAGCACAUUCCAAACGCGCUGGUGUAGUGAUUGCUAUCUGCCAUGUGGACGGCGUGCCCUCGAUUAUCUUGGAACGACGAGCAGAAACCUUGAGAGCUCAUCCCGAUGAGGUGUGUUCAGUGGCGGACAAGACUAUUGUUGAAACUUGUUUGCGGGAGAUGAAAGAGGAAAUCGGUGGUUUGAAUUUUGACUAUCAUGGGGAUGAUGGAGGAUAUGGUAUUAGUGUCUUAGGAGUGCUGCGAUGCAACUGGGGGGAAGUUCACCAUAUGGUGGGGGUUGCAGUGACGCCUGUUGUCUGCUUCCUUGGGCAAGACCUUGCGGAAAUCGACUUGAAGCCAAAUCCAGAUGAGGUCUCAGAAGUGUUUACGGUCCCUCUGGCAAGUGUCAUGGAUAAGUCACAAUGGCUCUACAAAGAUGAUCAUGCGCCAAUAUUCGUCGGAGGCCCAUAUCUUAUUUUUGGGUUAACCGGCUAUAUAAUGGAUAGGUUCUUCAAGGACAUCUUGCUACCUAACAAUGUAAAAGAAUAG